AAUAUUGGAUUAUAGACUGUUCCGGAUGUUCAUUUUUUUUAAACGUACGGCGUUAGAGAAGGCUCAUUUCUAGAGGGGGGUGCUUAUUAGUAAAGUAGUAUUAUCUUAAUAAUGUAACAGUUUUGUGUAAUUUUGUGUUUUUUUGUACAUGCUGAAACCCCGUCCUGUCCUGCAAGCGCGCUCGCUAUUGAAAGCCUUAAUGAAUGCGAAUGGCUCCGGUUUAAAUACUAGCGACAGGGCCGGACCGAGCCGGGGGCUGAUAGUAACCGGGCGUCCGGGUGCGAGGUCAGGAAAUCCCGGCGAGCUGAAGACGGACGGGCGGGGCAGCGCACGAAGUCCAUUUUAUGAGGGAAGAGGUGGAAUAUCUCAGAGAGGAUUUUUCACACAGGCACCAGCAAUGACAAACCGCAAGAAAAAUCACGUGCCGGACAGGUGGACUGCGUACAGUGCGGUUGGGAAGAGGAUUCCUGGGACGCGCUUCGUUGCGUUUAAAGUUCCCCUGAGGCAGGCGUUUGAGCAUCACCUGCCCCCUGAGAUGCGCUUCUCCCCCCUGGACCUGGUGCAGAAGCUGGGGGAACAGAAAGAGGAGCUGGGGCUGAUCAUCGACCUCACCUUCACCACCCGCUACUACCAGCCCCAGGACUUGCCGGAGAGCUUGUUUUAUUUAAAGAUCUUCACUGCAGGACAUGAGGUGCCUUGCAAUGCCACCAUCCUGAAGUUCAAGCAGGCUGUCCGGAGAUUCCUGCGGGAGAACGAAGGCAACGACAAGUUGAUUGGAGUCCACUGCACCCACGGACUAAACAGAACCGGGUAUCUUGUCUGCAGGUACCUAAUUGAUGUGGAUGGAAUGGAUCCCGGUGUGGCGAUAAACCUUUUCAAUAAGUCCAGAGGCCACUCCAUAGAAAGGCAAAACUACAUUGAAGACCUGCGGAACGGACCCACGAGGAGCAACAAGGGGAUUGAGUUGUCGGUGCAUGAGCUGGAGCCUGUCCGCGGCCAGGCGGCUCUGACUGAGAGCUCCUCCGCUGUCUCUGGUGCUGCUCCCCACACUGAGAGGCGUCUCCCCCCAGGACCCUGCCGACCUCCCUACCAGCAGCCCCCUCCCCGUUUCUACCCCCCUCCCCCUCCUCAUGGUGCGGGGAGGGGGCCCUUGAGACCCAGCGAGUACAUGGAGACCUGGAGGAGACACCCAGAGCCAUGGGACGCCCCAGGACCAAGCUACCCCCCGCUGCCAAGAUACCCACCGCUGCCCCGAUACACCGGCAGCGAUUGUGACCCCUACUUCAGACAGGACCCGCCCUGGGCCGGGCAUUACCCCCCGCCCCCCGAAAACCGAUGGGACACCCAGAGCAGGAGACGCAGGAAAUUGCACAGGAAAGCCCAGAGCGGACAGCCGCAGGACAGGACUUGAGAAAAAACGAAAUGCAAACUCGCUCCGAGACACUCUGUGGUUAUUACAAGGUGUUGCUUGCAGUCUCAGACAGACGUGUUGUUUUGCUGAUCCAAACUUUUUUUGUUUUCCAUCUCAAAAGUGCCUGUAUGUAUUAUUAAAAUAAAAAGGUACCCAAUUGCAUAGCAGUUUGAGCCCUACCAUGUUUUUUUCCUGUGAACUUAAAUGUUCAUUGUCUCUGAGUUUAAUCGGGCAGAUUCAAAAUCUCUGGCAUGGCUCAAACUUGAUCUGCAUUAAACCAUUAAGGGAGAUGGGCAUUCAUCAAGAGUUAUUUUAAUAAAUAAAUAAAUAAAUAAAUAAAUAAUAUUCUCUUUAAUUGUU